AUGCAUCAGGAAGAUUCUUUUCUGGCCGCGUGUCUUCUAAAAAGUUUACCCUUCUUUGUUGUGAAGGACGGUUUGAUCGGAUUUUUGCUGCGACGUGGAGAGCCGCCGAAAUUGCCACCGACACAGCUCAAGUGUCACUUGCGGAAACACAAAGCGAACCGGAAACCCCGAACCCCGUUCACCACCCAACAAUUGCUGGCGUUGGAAAAGAAAUUCCGGCAAAAACAGUACCUCUCCAUUGCAGAAAGGGCCGAAUUCUCUGCAUCCUUGAGCCUGACUGAAACCCAGGUCAAGAUUUGGUUCCAGAACCGAAGAGCCAAGGCAAAGCGACUGCAAGAAGCCGAGCUGGAGAAGCUGAAAAUGGCGACGCGGCCGCCGGUCGUCAUGCCGUCGGCGUUCGGGUGUUGGCUGCCCACAGCUGCAGCUGCCAUGUUUGCCGCUGCCAACGCUGCUGCCAUGCAACCCAGGGUGCCGGGCCAUGUGCCAGUGUCUGUGCCCAUGUCCUUGUCCCACCAGACCAUGCUGCCGCCGGGUUUAACAUUCUCGAUGGCCGGAGGUUUGCCCACCCCUCCGCCCGCUGCCCACCAACAGUCCCCGGUGAUGUCCGGCGUGCCUGUAAAAAGCGCAUGGAAAAUGGAAAAGAACGGCGUUUCCGUUGCUGGAGGCGGGGAAAAAAUCCCGAUGACUGCUGUGGAGGGACUCUCCGAUACGUACUAA